AUCAGUUGGACACUACCAGAGUAAAGCUUUUGCUCCUUUUUUCCCACUCUUUCUUUCCGUUAUGUUUUUCCGCUCAAAAGUCCUUUUUCAUUCAUGAGUGCCAUCAAGACACCGAGAUCCAAAUGAUCAUUAAUGGAAACCAGAAUAUAUUCUUUCAUGGGUGCCUUGAUAACCGGACAUUUGCAAAAAUAGAAGAAAAAACCAUGCCAUGAGGAAAAUAUAAUUGGGGUCAGAUAGGAACUAAAAUAUGAAGCUAUUGGAACACUAUAAAUAGAGGCUUUGAACUGCAAGUUAUCAUCAUUCAAUUGCAGAAUGUGUAUUCAGAGGGAAGGAGGCCUUGUAUGAAGAUAAAGAGUCUCGUCUGGUAGCCAAGGAUGACUUGCCUAAAUCCACCAGGUUUCAAAACACUGAAUGUAAUUAUCCACAAAGCGAUUCCGUGGUCUUUAGGCAGUCAUUCCUUCGGCUAAACUGACCGGCUCUUAUCUCUCAUGCGAGACCUACUUCUCUUCCUUGGGCAAAAGGUUGAUGCCAUCCCAUUGAAUUGGAUUUGAAAUCUGAUAGAGAUGAGCCAGCAAGUUGCACAAGCAGGGGAUUACUAGGAAUGAGAAUAUAUAUGGUUGGGGUGCUGAACAGACAUUCGGAUUCAUAUAAAAAAAAGGUACAUUCUUAUCAGGAUCAUUGCAAUCUGGCGUCAUAUAUUUAAUAUCUGGGAGUUGUAUUUAUCAACUGAUUAGUUCACAGCCCACAUGCACAUAUGGAUUUACAGGUUUGUAAAGUUGGUUUGCGAAUCAUGCUUUUAUUAUUUUCAACCUAUGAUCUGAACUAGUGUAUUAUCCGCGUAUCCUUUUCACUGUUGUUUAUUUCCACAACUUUCCAGUACUGAGUGAUCCAUGAUCUACAGAGUCAAUUUUGUCAUGAGGAGCUGUCAAUCUUCAAAAUUAAAAACAAAAUAAGUGUGCGUUCACUUUUCUCUGCUGUAUAUCGAUCUUUGUUGCGAUUCAGUUUAAUGUUCAAAUUCAUUUGGCAAGCUAUUCAUCAUAAGGGUGAUCAUGUUUUGGCACAAUAUCACAUGGGAUCAAUCUUCUUGUUUUUGUUUCUCUUCCUAGAAGUGCUCGGCAACUAAACAGAUCAGUUUAGAUCUAACUUGAAUCUACGAAGGCCAUCAAGUGCAAAAAUUAAGUCACUAUAAGGUGGUUUUUGUUAUUCAAGGAAAGAUGAUAUGAAGAUGGAGGGCAGCAAGCAUCACAAGAUCUAAAACAACACCCUGCCUAAAGAGCGCCAAGGAAAAGGAGCAAGAACAGAAGAAAAGCUUAUCCAACACAAUUUUCGGCCCUACUAUGAUUAUCUUUGAAGUGUCGACACUCAGAAGCGACAGAUCUUGAUUCUUCACUGUCACUGUACAGUGGGAGCUGCGGAGCUGCGGAGCUACAGGAGGGUGGGAGGAGGAGGAGGAGGAGGAGGAGAAUGGGGAAAACGACGUCGUCUAGUGGAGGGAAGCAGGGGCUGGGAUGGAUGGAGUGGCUGAGGGGAUGGCUGUAUGUGAUAUACGAGAUGCUGUUUCAGAGAAUCUCCGCCAGCCAUUUGCAGAACCCCUUGCCUUUGCCUCCUCUCCACGAUCUCACCUGCAUCAUCACCGGAUCUACCAGCGGAAUCGGCCUCCAAAUCGCCAGACAGUUGGCGGAAGCAGGGGCGCAUGUGGUUAUGGCGGUGAGAAAUUCCAAGGCGGCUAAUGAUUUGAUUCAGAAGUGGCAGAGUGAGUGGUCUGGGAAAGGCCUUCCUCUCAACAUUGAGGUGAUGGAACUUGAUCUCCUCUCCUUGGAUUCUGUUGCGAGAUUUUGUGAAGCGUGGAAUGCGCGAUCAGCACCUUUGCAUGUUCUUAUAAAUAAUGCGGGAAUAUUUUCCAUUGGAGAACCACAAAAAUUUUCAAAGGACGGGUAUGAAGAACACAUGCAAGUGAAUCAUCUGGCUCCAGCAUUGCUUUCAAUAUUGCUUUUGCCAUCCCUUAUUAGAGGCUCUCCAAGUCGAAUUGUUAAUGUGAAUUCCGUUAUGCAUUACAUUGGCUUUGUUGACACGGAAGAUAUGAAUGUUGUUUCUGGGAAAAGAAAAUAUACAAGUUUGGUUGGAUACUCUAGCAGCAAGCUAGCACAGGUCCAGUUUAGCAGUGUCCUCCAUAAGCGGCUACCUGCUGAAGCUGGUGUUAGUGUAGUAUGUGUGUCACCUGGAGUGGUCCAAACAAACGUUGCAAGGGAUCUUCCUAGAAUUGUUCAAGCCGCUUAUCAUCUAAUACCCUACUUUAUCUUCACUCCUCAAGAAGGCUCUAGAAGUGCUUUGUUUGCAGCCACUGACCCGCAGAUUCCAGAAUACUGUGAAAUGUUGAAAGCAGACGAGUGGCCUGUCUCUGCUUUCAUCUCUCAGGAUUGUAAUCCAACAAAUCCUUCAGAAGAAGCCCACAACAUUGAAACUUCUUACAGAGUGUGGGAGAAGACAUUGGAGCUGAUUGGUCUUCCUCUUGAUUCUGUGGAGAGGCUUAUAGAAGGAGAAGAAGUUAAAUGCCGAUACGGGGGUCAGGCGGAGGAGUAGUUCUCAUCUCAUGGUUAGUAUUAUUCGUCUCUGUAGGCAUUCUCCCAGGUGAGGAACACCGAACACAUAUGGCUGACUAGCUUUGCUAUGUAUAUCUGGUUGGGUGUCUGUUGAGGAAAUCCACUUUUAUCAAUCACUAAGUUAUAUUUUCAAAUGAAGAAAGAAAUAGUGAACAGUUUGAGAAGGAGUUCCAUCCAUUUUUGGAAAGAAAAUGGAAUCCCCUGCUUCUAAAGGUUUCUUCUGACUUAGUUGUAUGAUAAAUGGUACUUACUUUUAACACUUGCCCUUUGAAGAAUUUGUCAGCUACCAGUAUUAAACCAUGGUUGUUUCUUUAAUCAAUCUUCAGUUACAGCC